AUGGGCGAAUUUAAGGUGCACCGUGUCCGGUUCUUCGACUACAUGCCAGGUGCGAUCACAGCCAUGGCGUUUAAAUCGGAGCGGCUGGCUCUGGCCCGGGCUGAUGGGGCCGUGGAGAUCUUCAACUUUGCUGAUAGUUACUUUCAAGAAAAGGUGAUGCCAGGACAGGACGGCAGGGCUGCUGAGGCUCUGUGUUGGGUGAGCCAGCGUCUCUUCAGUGCUGGACUGAAUGGACACAUCACAGAGUAUGACCUGGAAAACUUAAGACCCAGACACACUGUGGCAGCCUAUGGAGGACCAAUCUGGAACAUCAGCAGUAACAGCCAAGGAACACUGCUAGCGGUGGGUUGUGAAGAUGGGACAGUGAAAAUGUUUGAAAUACAGCAGGAGAGGAUUCAAUUUCAAAGAAAUCUUGACAGACAGAAAGGUCGUAUUGUCUCUCUGUCCUGGCAUUCCUCAGGCAUGCUGAUUGCUGCUGGCAUGAUGGGCAUGAUCAGAAUUUUUGAUGCUGACACAGGCCAUGCCACACAACGACUGCUGGUGGAAAGAGGUAUUGGAGCAUCCAAGAGCAAAGAGGUGGUGGUUUGGUGUGUUGCAUUCCUCUCUGACCACACUAUCAUCAGUGGUGACUCUGCAGGAAUGGUCCAGAUCUGGGACGGAUUUACAGGAACUCUGGUCAGAACUCACCUGGUUACCAAGUGGGACGUUCUGGCUCUUUCUGUUUCACAGGAUGAGAGCAGUCUGGUAGCAGGUACAUCAGAGGGUACUGUCAUCCAGUUCCAGUUCAUCUCCUCUACUGUGGACCAGCAGAAGAAGGAGUGGGUCAGAACUAGGACCUUUAAAAACCACUCCCAUGAUGUGAGGGCACUUGCCCACACCGAGACUGCUGUAGUAUCUGGAGGUAUGGACACCCAACUGGUAGUGCGACCCCUGCUGGACAAGGUGGAAAAGAACACCCAGGAGUCAGCACUGCGCAAAAUAGCUUUCCCACAUAGAAGCCUCGUUUGUUGUGCAAAGAAAGCAGGGCAGCUGCUUUUCCAGUUCGCUGAACAUUUAGAGCUGUGGAGACUAGGGGAAAGCGAUGGACAUGGAAAGGCUGGUGACCUUCUACCUGUGAAGAGGAAACCAGAAAAACUGCUCCAGCUGAAGAAGAAGGGAGAUAAUGGGGUCUGUGUUGUCUUUCUCAGCUUUGAGCCAGGCUGGCUGGCCUACUCUACUGUCUCCAGUGUCCGUCUCUACAGGUUACAAUACGACAACAACAUCAGCAUCAGCAAGGUGUCCAGGCUACCCAAAGACCUUUCCUCAGCCCACCAGCUCUGCUUCUCCUCUGACUCUUCCAAACUCUUUGCUUCCACCAGUCAUUCUUCAGUUGUUGUUAUCGGCCUCGACCAGCUGGAGUGCAAAUACCUUCAUACCCUCAAACCCAAGUCAGGCUCCAGACAGCCAGUGCACCUGAUGUUUGCAAGUGACGAUGGCAAAUGGCUCGCUACAGCAGCCACAGACUGCAGGGUUCACGUCUACAAUCUUAACAAGCAGAAGCUUCAUUGUACAGUUCCAGUGUAUAGUUCCUGUCCCACUGCUAUAGCAAUCCACCCAAUGACUGGCAACCUCAUCAUGGCACAUGCUGACCAACAGAUCUUUGAGUACUCCCUGCUGCACAAGGAGUACACUGAGUGGAGUCGGAAGCUGCAGAAACGAGGCCUGCACCCCCUGUGGCUGGAGAGGGACACACCCAUCACUCAUAUCACCUUCAAUCCCAGAAACCCAGCUCACAUCAUUGUACACGACAUGUUCAUGUUGUGCAUCAUUGACCAGAGUCUGCCACUCCCUGAUGCAACAACUCGGCUCUACAACCAGAUGACACUGAGGAGUGUUCCUGAGCAGGAGCGGCUCAGACACAGUCACGCCUUCAAGAUCUGCAAGAGUUUUCAGCACCUCAUGUGUGUGAGUUUAUUGGAGGACCAGUCUCUGGUUGUAGUGGAGCGCCCCCUGCUGGACAUCGUUUCUCAGCUGCCUGCACCCGUCAGGAGGAAGACAUUUGCCACAUAAAGGAACUGAGGCAGGUUUUCUUUAGAUUGCUCAGCCUAAAUGUUAGAGCAGAUUGUUUCACUUCAAAUCCCACAUCCAGAAUCAUGUUUGACAAGUGUUAGUGUCACCUCUUUGUAAACAAUGUUUUGAUAAAGUAAUAAAUUGAAUUAUUCACUCUUUC